AAUCAAAUUAAAGUUUUAAACACAAACGGCCUUAAGAAAUAUCAUCUAAUUAAAACAGAAAACUCAACUUACACAGAGAUAAACAUCGAGAAACGAGAAAUGGGUAAAGAAGAUACACUCACACCACCGUUUUUUACCAAAUUCAGCAACCUCACCACCAUAUAAAUACCUAUUUUUGAAUCCAGGAAGGCCUCUUUGAAUUUUGGAUCUCUUUUUCCUUCACGAGAUAUCCAUGGCGUUGAGAUCCUCUGGUAGAAAGCUGUCCUUCGAGAUUCUAAAUGGAAGUAGCUCCAUUGAAGAAGACCAGUUUUUGUUUUACCGAUCAAAUUCUGAUCCGAUCGAGAAAGUCUCCACGAGUCGGAAAAAGAAGAAACACAAGAAAAAGAAGCCACCUCUUGAAUCUUACUCCAUAAUUCGUGAAGAUCCGAUCACCGAAACGAGUUUCACCGAUUCUAAUUCCGUUCAAAAUGUUACCCGAAAUGGAAACGUGGAGAACGGGAACGUGUUUUUGGAAAACGGAAGCAGUAGUUUUAUUGCAUAUGGAGGUGGAGGGAGUUUGUCCUGUACUGUGAGUGAUGUUACAGAGGUUGCGGAGUGUCACAGUCUGUAUAACAACUGUGGUGGAGAGUUGAGGCAGAGGAAUGUGAGUAAUGGCGCCGGAGGAGGAGUAGGAGGAGGAGAAGAAGAAGAGAUGCUAUCGUAUUCGCGGGUUCAAGAGAAGGAGAUGGAGGAAAACGGAGUGGAGGUAAGUUCCGUGGACAAGCAAUGGAGGAGUGAGCCUAAUGGGAGUGCUAUUCCUACUGCGAAGUUGGAACCUGCCGAAUCAUUGGAUUGGAACCGGCUCAUGGCGGAGGAUCCUAAUUAUCUCUUUUCAGUUGAGACUUCGCCAGUGAAGUACUUUACCGGUGAAAUGUAUAAAGGAAAUUCAUUAAGGAGCACAACAACUCUUGGCAGUGAAAAAGAAAGGGAGAGAGUGUAUGAUACUAUCUUUCGCUUGCCAUGGAGAUGUGAACUGCUCAUAGAUGUCGGCUUCUUUGUAUGCUUGGAUUCAUUUCUAUCACUGUUAACUAUAAUGCCAACAAGGAUUCUGAUUACCCUUUGGAGAAUAAUAAAUACAAGGCAGUUCAAGAAGCCUUCUGCAGCAGAGCUCUCUGAUGUUGGCUGCUUUCUCGUGUUGGUUUCAGGUGUUGCUCUCUUGGAGCGCACAGACAUCAGCUUAAUAUAUCACAUGAUUCGAGGUCAAGGAACAAUCAAACUCUACGUGGUUUACAAUGUUUUGGAGAUAUUUGACAAAUUAUGCCAAAGUUUUGGUGGAGAUGUGUUGGAGACUCUGUUCAACUCUGCUGAAGGGCUUGCUAGUUGUUCAGAUGAAGACUCAAAAUUCUGGAUUUGGAGAUUUAUCUGUGAUCAGGCUUUAGCUAUUGCUUUUUCAAUUCUUCAUUCUUUCAUUUUAUUAGCUCAGGCAAUCACUUUAUCAACUUGUAUUGUUGCACAUAAUAAUGCCUUGCUGGCUUUGCUGGUAUCCAAUAACUUUGCUGAGAUAAAAAGCAGUGUCUUUAAACGCUUCAGCAAGGAUAACAUUCACAGUUUGGUGUAUUCUGAUUCGGUAGAGAGAUUCCACAUUUCUGCAUUUCUCUUAUUUGUCUUGGCUCAAAAUAUUCGGGAGGCUGAAGGUCCUUGGUUUGAGAGUUUUCUUUUUAAUGCUUUGAUGGUUUUCUUCUGUGAGAUGUUAAUUGACAUCAUAAAGCAUUCAUUUCUAGCCAAAUUCAAUGACAUAAAGCCCAUUGCAUACUCCGAAUUUCUUGAAGAGCUCUGCAACCAGACUUUGAAUAUUCAAACGGAGAACAGGAAAAGAAAUCUUACUUUUGCUCCUCUAGCGCCAGCAUGUGUGGUAAUCCGAGUACUGACUCCAGUAUAUUCUGCUCGCCUUCCAUGCUGUCCUCUGCUAUGGAGGUUCUUCUGGAUGAUCCUCUUAUUCGCUGUAACCUACGUAAUGCUUACAAGUCUAAAGGUAAUGAUUGGCAUGGGCCUACAGAAGCAUGCCACCUGGUACGUGAAUAGGUGCAGAAAGAGAAAACGCCAUCUUCACAAUGAUUAAAAUACUAAAAUAACUAUAGAGAACCACUUCACGAGCAUUUCUCAUGGUCAUCACUAGACAGCGUAAGCUAAACCAGCCAAUCCAUUUGAGUUUCACAGGGGUAAUAUUUCUAUUCCCUUCAAUUUUGUUACAACUUACAAAACGAAAUAUCAUUCUGUGAUGUAUAGUACUCUUCCAAAUUUUUACAGUAGAAAGCGCCUGCCUAUUUCUUUGCC